GCAUACCUCAAAAUCCGUUAUAUUUUAAUCUAACCUCUAUCACUAUACUAUGCCGUCAAUAACAACAUCAUUAUUCAUUGCUAUGGACUAAGCCAACCAUUAUUCCACCACCACUCUCCAUCAAAUUCAUCAUGAUAUUCUUCCCAUAGGCCAUAGCUAAAAUCAACUUACCUGAUCUUCCAUCUUUUAAUUAAUAAAUCCACAUGGCAAAAACCAAAAACCGAAUUUUCCUAUGCUGUUUUGGACCACCACCCGACGCAGCAUCCACUAAUAAUAAAAGGACUGAUCCAAUAAUCAAGAAACGGACGAGGAAGAAACGCAGCCGGAUUUCAUGGCUCAUCAUUCGGAUCCGAAAUACUUCCUGCAAAACGGUGCCGCUUGAAGAUCAUUACUCCAAUCCCAAGCCCAAGCCACCAAAGUCAACUCUCCGUCACAAUAAUAAGCCUCAAGCUCCACCACCGCCAUCGUCAACUCUGCCUCUUCCGCCGCAGCCGGCUACUCCCUAUUAUACACCUUCGCAGACAAGGCACGGGGCGAGCAAAAAGAGAGCAGAGGAGGACACGCGUCAACAACGAAGAGAGUUUCUGAAUGAUGAAGCAAAACCAGAGCCAACAGAAACAAUUACGAAGCAGAAAAAGUCUAAUAAGUACGAGCCAAUCGUGGGAAUGUCCAUAAUAGUGGUCACUCUGGUCAUAAUGGUGUUUUGGGGUCGCUUAUGUGCCAUACUCUGCACUUCCGCAUGGUUAUACUACAUCCCCCGUUUCAAGACGGCCACAACUGCUGCUUCUCAUUCUCAACACGACAUCGUCCAUGUGGACGUAGAUUUAGAUUCGAAGGAUUAUAAGAAGAAGGUGAUCAUGGAGGGACUUCUAGACAGAAAGAGAGGGCUCACUAGUCACUACUAACAAAAUAACAAACAAACUAAUAUUAUAUAAAUCUUCCUUUUCU